AUGGCCGAGCCGGCGGCUCGGGCUCGGCAGAUUCGAGAGGGGACGGCGGAGGGGGAGGGAGUCAAGGCUCGUCGCUGCAAUCGGGGAGGGAAAAGAGCGGAAAAACGGGCUUAUCGUGCUGCUAGCGAGGACGCUUCUAACGAGGAUGCAGCUGAGGCUGGUGCUAAGGAUGACGAGGCUCCCCUUGACGUGGACAAGUACCUCUUGGAGGAAGCGAGGAAGCUUAUGGAGGGGAUGGAACAGCAGCAGCAACAGCAGGAGUCAGAGGAGGAGACAGACGCGGAGCAGAGGGCAGAGAGAGCACGGCUGAUGGAUGGUGGUGCUGCUGCUGGGGAAAGAGGUGCAACUGGUGCUGCUGAUAGGCUUGGUGCCGCUGUUUCUGGUGAAAGAGAGUCUGCUGCUGCUGGUGUCAGUGGUAACCACUCCAGUGGUAACCAUGUCGUUUCAGCCAGUGGUGACGAUGAGGACCCUGCCAAAGUGCAAUUAGGUCAGAAGCAAAGGGAGCAAGAGGGGGAAGGGGACGAUGGGGAACAGCAGGAGCAGCAGCAGGAGCACGCGGGUGUUAGUCCAGUGAGGGUAGGUGAAGCUGAGACCGGAGUAGAUAGCAUGGGAGGAGGAGGGGUUAGCCACCCACCAACCCUAAACGGCACAUCCAGCAGGCACAGAACGACAAGGAGAAGAAGAAAGAAAGGCAGCAGAAGAAGAAGACAGCCGUUGCCGCCCCUGUCGGAAACCUGCGACCUGUAUUCAGGGGAGUGGGUGAGGGAUUCUCAACACCAUCCGCUGUAUUCAGGCAGCACGUGCCAGUUCCCGCUACCCCACUGGACCUGCCGACGCAAGGACCGCCCCUCCUUUCUCUACGAGCAGUUCCGCUGGCAGCCAGAAGGGUGCCGCGUGCCUCGGUUUAACCGCACUGAGCUCCAAGAACGUCUGCGCAACAAGAAGGUGGCGUUUGUGGGCGACUCAGUGGGGCUGCAGCAGUUCUUCUCCUUCCUCUGCCUCAUCUCCCCCACGCCCCGCACUCACGAGCCGUACAUCGAGUCACGCGAUGCAGACUACAAGUUCAACUGGACAACCGGCUGGCGUGGAUGGCAGGGCUCAGCUUACCGUUUCCCCGAAACCAACACCACGGUGCUGCUCAAGUGGACCACGUCGCUGUGCCACGUGGCGCGCAAGGAUUGGGCGAACGAGUCAGCAGGACAGGCGGCCCACCUGGACCAACCGGAUGAGUUUCUGAGGCAGCAUAUGGAGGAGAUGGAUGUGAUUAUAAUGAACACGGGGCACCACUGGAACAUCAACAAGAUGCAGGAGUACCGGUGGCAGUUCCACCUGGGCGGGUUGCCAGUCCCUCCAGACACCCACAAGCAGAUGGAGGGCAACUUCAACGUGCCCAUGCGCACCGUGCUGCGCUCCUCCGCCAUGUGGGUGCACCGCCACCUGCAGGAGAUAUCCGAGGAGCGGGAGAGGCGGCGAUUGGCUGCCAUGCGGGAAGGGGAGAGGAGGGAGGGUGCAGAGGGAGAGGGGGAAGAGCGGGCGCUGCCGUUGGCUCUGCUGGUGACGCGGUCGCCGGCGCAUUUCAUGGAUGGGCAGUGGAACACUGGCGGGGGGUGUGACAAGCUGCAGAGCAUGUUGACUCAGGAGGAGACCGACCGGCUGCAUUUCCAGUCGCGGGAUUGGAACGCGGAGGCAGCAGUGGAGGGCACGGCAGUGCGGCUGCUGAACAUCACCGCGCUGUCUGCCCUGCGCCCCGAGGCACACCUGUCCCGGUGGUAUGACAAGGACGGCAAGGCCCCGGGGCAGCAGGAUUGUGUGCAUUGGUGCCUGCCGGGUGUGCCUGAUGCUUGGAAUGAGUUGCUGUUCUGGGAGAUCGUGAGGAGUGGCCGGUUCCCCUUGCCUGGGGAAGCGGGAGAGAGAGGGGAUAGGGGUGGUAGCAACAGCAGUAUGAUUCAAGACAUGUAG